GGAAGCUGCGCUCGCUGCCCGGGUAACGGGCCCGGCGGCGGCGGCGGCGCAGUGAUGGACCUGGAGGAGGCGAAAGAGUUCAAAGAAAGAUGCACUCAGUGUGCCGCUGUCUCUUGGGGUCUUACUGAUGAAGGCAAAUAUUACUGCACUUCUUGCCACAACGUUACAGAAAGAUCAAAGGAAGUCAUCAACACUGGGGCUAUUCCUAAUACUAAAAUAAAGACCAUCAACCGGGGACUUAAAAGAAAAAAAAAACUUGAGAAGGGCUGGGACUGGUAUGUGUGUGAAGGUUUUCAGCACAUCCUCUGUCAACAAGCGGAAGCCUUGAAGGCCCUGGGCGUAGGCCCGGAACUAAAGAAUGAAGUUCUACAUAAUUUUUGGAAGCGCUACCUGCAGAAGAGCAAGCAGGCCUAUUGUAAAAACCCCGUUUACACCAGUAGGAGAAAAGCUGCGGUAUUAGAAGAUAACCCAAGUCAUUCAGACUGGGAUAGUGAGCCUGAGGUGCUGAGUGACGUCAGCUGCCCGUCUUUUGUUGAAAGUGGAACCGAGUCUCAGCCUGAUGGCCGUACUCAGAAGCCUGUCCCCAUCAGCAAAGCAUCACAUUCAGAAAUGGCAUCCGUCUGUUCCGGCUCUCUUGAUGGAGUGGAGUACUCCUUACGAAAGGAGAAGGGCAUCGUGAAGAUGACGGUGCCAAGGACCCUUGCCUUCUGCUACCUGUCCCUGCUGUGGCAGCGAGAGACAGUUACCCUCUCAGAUCUUUUGAGAUUUGUUGAAGAGGGGCAUAUUCCUUACAUAAAUGCUUUUCAGCAUUUUCCAGAAGAGAUGAAAUUAUACGGGCGCGACAAAGGAAUCUUUGCUAUAGAGUCUUGGCCUACGUAUGAGGACAUCUAUAAAACAAUGAUUGAAAUUGCCAAAUUCUUAGAUUUGCCACGUUUUCCAGACAUAACUGAAGACUGCUAUCUUCAUCCAAACCUCUUGUGUAUGAAAUACUUGAUGGAAGUCAAUCUCCCUGAUGAAAUGAAUGAUUUAACCUGUCAAGUGGUAAAAAUGACAGGAAUCGGAGACGUGGAUUUCCUGACCUUUGAUCCCAUAGCUAAAAUGGCAAAAACUGUUAAAUACGAUGCCCAAGCCGCAGCUGUUAUCGUGGUCGUACUGAAGCUGCUCUUCUUGUUGGAUGACAGUGCAGAGUGGUCUUUGUCUAAUAUUGCUGAGAAAUAUAAUGAAAACAACAAAGAAGAUAAGCCAUGGUUUGAUUUCCGGAAAUGGUACCAGGUUAUGAAGAGAGCUAUUGAUGAGAAAAAACAAGAGUGGGAGGAAGCCAGGGCGAAGUAUGUGACCUUUUCUAGGUACGUGUGGAAAAGCGAAAAGCCCCUCUACCACUCGUCCAUUGACAGAGCCGUGGUGUAUAAAAGAAGAGAAAUGGUGGUGGAUCUACAAAAGCAAUUUAGCACAUUGGUUGCUUCGACACCAACUGUUGAGAGAAAAAGGCCUUCAAGUUUUCAGUUCAACUGGGCUGAAGGCGGCGCGGCGCGACCCUGCUUCCACGGCCACAGCCUGCAGGCGGUGCUGAAGAAGAAAGGCCCGUCGCUGGCCCCCGCGAACUCGCUGUACUGGCUGAGCACGCAGAAGUUCUGCCGGAGCUAUUGUAAGCACGUGACGACCUAUGAAGAAUCAAACUUCUCUCUGAGUUACCAGUUUAUAAUAAACCUCUUCUCCUUCCUGCUAAGAAUAAAGACCUCUUCUCUCCACGAAGAAGUGAGCUUAAUUGAAAAGAGACUUUUUAAAACAAAAUACAGUGAAACGAAAAAGAAAUCUUCAAGAUCCAAGAAAAGGAGAAAAUACUGAGAAAAGUGAAAUAGAAACUCUCUGGGGAAAACAUUUUAAUAGUGAUAAUAAUGUCAAAUUAUAAUAUUCCAGAGAAUCGUGUAGAAUAGAACUUUAUUACAUGUGCAUGCUUACAUAGACACAUAUGUAUCAAAUGUGCCUAUAAAAAUGUGUAUUGGAAAACAAGUGAACAUUGAGUGUAUUUUUUAAAUUAUGAAGUUCCUUGAGAAAAUUAAAGUAAGUUUUAUAAAUAAUA